AUGGACAACGAGCUCCGUACUCCAAACCACAACCGACAUCAGGGCCGGCCGUACAGGUCUCAUAUGCACCCGGCCUGCAUUCCCUGUCGAGCAAGAAAGUCACGGUGCAAAACGACACAUGCAUCGCCGUCAUGCUUCAUGUGUCAAGCAAAUGACACCGAAUGCGUCUUUCCAGAGGCUGCUGCUGAGCGGCCGCGAAGAACAACACCACGUUCUUCAAAAUCAUUAUCCCGAGAACAACACUCUACGGAAUCCUCCCUUUGCCUCUCAUCAGCUUCGCCAGCCCUAUCCCAGAGCGCCUUACGAUCAGACAACACUCCCCGGAGUGGGAAGUACACGCCAACAAACGAAGAAAUUGCAAACUAUCGAGAGCUUGUAUCUCCAUCCAUCGACCACCGAGAUGGCUUGAUCUCGGCCGUGAUAGACUCCAUUGCCGAAUCAGGAGAAGGCAGCUCCCACGUCGUGAGUCCUGCAAUUGCCGACGACGAUAAAGUAUUCCAAGAAUACCUCUCCAACACUCCCUACGGCCAAAGCGGCCGUACGGUCCGAUUCAAUCCGAACUCGUAUAAUAACCCAAGUGGACCCACCCGACCUAUUGUCUUCAACACCAUCCCGAAACGCGGAGCAAGAGAGGCAGAAAGUCGAGCGCUGGCCGUUUCAAUAUGCGCGAGCAUCGAGAAGAUCCUGGAGCCAUACCAGAACGACUUGGUUGAUCUGUUCUUUGAGAAGAUCAACAUAUGCUUCCCAAUAUUCGAUGAAUCACUAUUCCGACGCCUCCUGACCACUCAAAAAGAGAAGAUCUCACCGGGUCUGUUGUCUACGUUAUACGGAAACACGAUGAUCUACUGGGAUACCUGCCCACGACUGAAGGACGUCCCCUGUCCUGACCACUACACCAUCUGGAUACAGGCUGAGAAUGCCCUCACUUCAGAGUUCAAAUGUACGCCAGGCAUUUCGACAAUAAUCACGAUCAUCUUGAAUCUGUCCGGCAGGCCAAGCAGUCACAUAUUGGGCAAUGGCGCCCUGCUGGGUAUGGCGGUCGCACUGGCGAAUGCUUUUGGCUUGAAUCGAAACCCCUCGGAUUGGAAUCUGUCACCGACGGAGAAGAAAUUUCGCGUUAGGAUCUGGAGAAUCCUCCUUGUUUAUGAUCGCUGGUGCAGCCUGGCCUAUGGCACUCCGCCUUUGAUCCAUCGUACCCAACAUGACAUCCCGGUGCCGACUGCCGAAGACCUUUACACCCUAGGCGCAUCCCAUGACCAAAUCUUUGCGGCAUCUUGUUUUGUUGCUUUCACCACUUUGACCGAUGUGCUCGGUCACUGCUUGGAACUGGUCUAUCAUCUGGGAAAUGCCUUCUCAACAAAGCCAGAGACGUCUCCAUUUGGCCUUGAGAGCCUUCUGACACACUGGGAGGACUCGUUAACUGACAGCCUUCGUCGUCUGAUUAUUCGCGGAACAUGCCUGGUCGGCCCCGGCGCUGCAAAUCUUCGACUGGCUUACCUAUCCGUCAAACUCCUCAUCCGGCGCAGCCAACUUGACUUGGACACAGUAAAUCUCCAGAUUAGUGAUGUCGACUCCAUGUACUACAUACAAGCUCGAAGGGUUUGCGAGGAGAUAGUCGACUUUGUGCGAGAGCUAGACGAAAAUCACUGUCGUGAUUUCUGGAUUCCUCUCAACGCAUACUCGCUCACGUCGGCCACCACUUUCCUCAUGAGAAGCGCUCUCACAUCCAGAGGGCUGGUGCGGAAUCCUUCGCUACAACUCGCGAAGGCUAUGAUCGAUGCACUCCGAUCUCUCCGCCGCAAAUAUGCUUGGGAUCUAGCAGAUAAUUGCCUAUCAAAUUGUAGCGACUUGGUCGAGAAGAUCGAGACUGCAUGCGAAGAGUCGAGCUCAAACACUAUAGAAUUCCAGGAGCCUAUGCCCAUGGACAUGGAUCUCGCUGCUCUCAAUGGCUUGUUCUCGGAAUACACAGGGUAA